ACGGACCAGACAGCGGCACCGACGGCGUUCAGGCCAGGCGGCAGCACCGACGGCGCACGGGCCAGACAGCAGCAUCGACGGCGCAGCGCACAGCCGAGUGAGGAGCAUCGUCGGAGAAGCGCAGCACCAGCACUGCCGGAGCAUCGCACAGAGCCGCCGUCGCCAUGGUAACUCGGUACGGCUUCCGCGCGCUGGUCGGCUUCUGGCUGCUGCUGGCCGCUGGCGCCGGUCGAAGGCUGGAGCUCGAGUACGAUGCCAUGCCCGUCAGCAGCCUGGAGAAGAUCCGUAGCCCGUACCUGGGAGAACCCAUUCUUGGAGUCCGAAGAUUGCAAAACGUGCUGCCAUAUCAGUCAAGUGUGGAGCGACCUAGAUUUUAUGGAUUUCGUCGCAUCCAAAGACCAAUGAAGCGAUAUCUGGGGGUGGAGAUACCGGACGAAAUCGCCGGCACCGGCGGCGACGCGGCGGACAGCUACAUCGACCGGCUGAAGCAGCAGAUGCAGAACAGUGGGAAGUGAUCCUUGGAGACUGGACCGGACGCCUCCGAGACGGCUGGCCGGCUUCGGCGUUUGGGGCCACCAGUUCCUCGCGAUCAGAUUGGACUUACUGGGUCGCUGGAUCACUGAACCCUCAUACGUGACACGUCCCAUGGCAAACCAAUGCUCUGUCUAUGUUGUAACGUAAGAUUAUACGGCUGAAAUUGGCAACAUAAUACAAAGGUACAAAGUAGCGCACGCUGUCUGCCUGAAAACAGCAAUAAAUAAACGAGUUUUAGCUGGAUAUACAGGCGGUCAGAGCCGGACAAAAGCAACAGCAACUGAAGCCAAUGGUGUUGAGACUGCACCAAGGGGUGGUUCAGUGCAAAUAAAUCGCACACUUU